AUGCGUUUUUCCAUCCUCACCGUACUGGCCGCUCUAGGCUCAGUGACACUCGCCCAAAUGAAGGCAACCGUGGUGGUCGAGAACAUCCAAGUUCUCACCGUCAAGUCCCAGAAAUUGAUCCAGCCAGCCAAGGAACUCACCCUAGCCAAUGCCCCCUUGCUUAUUCUCGGCCAGGGUCCAUGGCCGUCAUACUCGGCCUCGGCGAUAUUGUUGCCACGGCCACUCUCGAUGUCAGUGCCAUGUCUGCCGGCCCCAAGGGCUAACUACACCGGUGUCGAGGCCACGGCCAUCGCCGAUGCGUUCCGCCUGUUUGUCAAGACACAUCAGACGCUGCUAGAUGCUUUGAUCGGCGUGGGCGGCUUCAUCACAAAGAUCCCGUUUGCUGGACCACCCGUGGCCGCCGUGUUGAGAUCGGUGGAGAAGGUGGUUGAUACGCUUGCCUUGGGCAUCAUUGGCACACUCGAGGCCAGCGUUGCCGCUGCGUUGAGCACUGACUAUGCCGGCUUGAAAGCGACUAUCGGCACUGCUAUUACGACGUUCUCGUAA